AUGAGUUAAAAACUAGCCCUCUAGAAAAAAUAAUCUUUCGACUUAUCAUUACUCUUUGGGAAUAGAUUGAUUCCUGGAGGACCAUUACCAGAUAAUAUUAGUCCAGAUCAAUUAACUGCAAACUAUUAUUUGAGCAAUAAUGUGUUUCCCAACCUACUUUAAGCUGUUGAAAUUCUCCUUGAGAAAAUAGAGCAGAAUGGGGAGUUAGACAAAUUUAUGAAUGUUGUUUCAGCAAGACAUGAAAAGGAAAAGAAAGAGUAGAAACAAAAAGAGAAAGAUAAGAGAAGACAGUAGCUUGGUGAUGCCUAUGUUUCUUCUGAUUCAGAUAUUAUGGAAGAAAGCGAAGAAGAUGAAUAGGAUUCAGAGGAUAAUGAUGAUGAUGAGGAAGACUUAGAAAACUCACAAACACUUACUAAUGAAUAUGAAAACACAGAAGAACUUAUUGAUUAAGAAAGUUAUGUAUCCUCUGUUUAUGAAACUUAGAGUAGACAGAGGAAAUCUAGGAAAAGUGCAGGCCAUGUACUAGUAGUAGAUGAAUAAUUUAAUGCUCUUAGAUUUUUAGCCAAUACCCUGAAAGAGUUAUGCCGAGCAUAGAGGAGGUAGAAUUCAAGUGUAAAUUAAUUGAAAUGUUGA